AUGGCUAGUACUAUCAUCAAGUUGUUUUCCCUUGUCAUUCUGGUUGUCUUGCUUGCCAAUGCCAAUUCUUCAAAGGCUCAGAGUUCAACUACUGAGUCGACAAUUUCAGCUUCUCCUGGUGUUUUGCCUUACGAGACUUCGCCCGAUAUUUCCUCAUUUUUCCCCACUCCAAGUUCUGAGGCAGAGGCAUCUGCAUCUGCACCGGCCCCAAGUUCAGGAGAAUUGGAUGGCAAGAAGUCUUCUAGUUCAGCAAGGAAACUGUUGAAAAGAUUAGAGUUGGGAUCAAAGAACAAACAGAAAUCACUGUUCAUUUUAUCAGAGAUGGCUAAGAGGAAGAGCCAAGGGCGCAGGAAAUCACAUGUUGCUGGGAGCUCCCAUGAUGCCACGGAGGAUGUUGAGGAUCGCCACACAGCCCCGGAUGAUGUUGAGGAUCGCCACAGACGGCUGCAUGCUUCUUUUCGUAGAGUCAGAGGCAGAUUUGGUGAGGACCAGGAUGUUGGUGGGACAUCAAAUGAGGAGCGUCGAGACCCUUGUGAGAUGAUUCCUGAGCCUUCUCGUCAGACGACUCCCGAGCCUUCUCCGCCUUCUCGUCAGACGACUCCCGAGCCUUCUCCGCCUUCUCGUCAGAUGACUCCUCAGAGUUCGACAGAGAGUGAGCAUGAGGUUGAUGUGGAGCAUGAGGUUGAUGUGGAGCUUCAGGUUGAUGUGGAGCCUGAGGUUGGUGUGGAGCUUGAGGGUGAUGCUGGAGCACGACGGGAUGAGGUGCCAGUCCAGACAGAGGCACCGUUUCCAGGGGGGCCUGAUGAUCUGUCACUGUUGGUCCGUUACCCACAUCACGUUGCGCCGUGUCUGUGGCAUCAUAUUAUAGGCACCGACCCGCGUUACCCCGAUAGAGGUGUGUUGAAGUUUGCCAGCGCUGGGAUGAAGCUGGCAAAGCUGACAUGUGAGGGCGAGGGAGACGAUAUGAGCGCUGUUCGUCAGCGUGUGGAGGGGACCGGACUCUAUCCGCUCUUCAGUUGCACCUAUCUGGAGAUAGACACACCCCUUCUAUCUGCCCUCGUCGAGAGAUGGCAUGAGGAUACCAGCAGCUUCCACAUGCCAUUCGGGGAGAUGACCAUCACCCUGGAUGACGUGUCAUCUAUACUUCAUUUGCCGAUGGGUGAGAGGUUUUAUACUCCCGGACAGGCCAGCAGAGAACAGGCAGCGGAGACCUGUGUUCUGCUCUUAGGAGGGGUAGCCACGGACUACAUCAUGGAGUUUAAGGCGGUGAAGACCAUUGGCUUGCGAUUCGGGUUCUUGCAGACUCUUUACACUAGGGCUCUUGCUGAGCAUCGGCAUGACCAUGCAGCACGGAUGUGGCUACUUCACCUCCUCGGCUCGACCUUGUUUGCGAACAAGAGUGGAGGACACUACACUUCUGUCCAUUGGAUCGGCAUGCUGCAGCACCUUGAUCGGGUGUCAGAGUAUGCGUGGGGCGCCAUUGCACUAGCUACACUGUAUGAUGCACUUGGUCAUGCCUCACGGAGGAAGACCAAGCAGAUGAGCGGUUGUUCUUCCCUCCUGGUAGCUUGGGUGUUUGAGCACUUCCCACCCACCAUUAUUCAGCGGAUUGAGGUCCCCGAGUACACGGAGGACCAGCCCAGAGCGUGCAGGUGGAUGGAGUCCCGGGCUGGGCAUGCUGGAUUGAUGGAGAGGCGAGUUCUCUUCGAUGAGAUGACGGCAGAGGACGUCAUAUGGACACCGUAUGAGGAGCACAGGAGUCACAGAGAGCUGGACGUCCGAGCUUUAUACUCAGGCUACAUCCGGACUCCCAUCCGGACGGCCGUGCGACCUCAUCUUCCUGAGCGUGUGAUGCGGCAGUUUGGGUACGUGCAGCCUAUCCCGCGACACCCAUCUGUUGUGAUGGGCAUGAGUUCUGCUGCGGAGGUCGUUGAUGCAGCAUACCAGGAUUAUGAGCCACACUUGAUUCCAGGGGGGGUCCCUAGUAUAGUGGAUGGAGCGGCAGUAGAUGAUUACCUGGACUGGUACACCGGUGUAUCUCACCGGUUCAUCAUCCCGGAGCUCUCUUUUUGCCCUUUUACACUGCUUUUUUCUUAA